AUGAGAACUGUUGUGGUGGUUUCAUCCUCUGAAAUGGCAAAGGAGAUCUUCAAAACCCACGACCAAAACUUUGCAGGACGGACUCUGAUAGAAGCAGCAAAGGUUCUUUCUCACCAGGAAUCUUCAAUUGCUUUUGCUCAGUAUGGAGAUUACUGGCGGAAAUUGAGGCGAAUUGCUACCACGGAGCUCUUCACUCCAAGCAGACUCCAAGCCCUGCAAUAUCUGAGAAGAGAUCAAGUCUAUGAGACAAUUCGAACGAUUUUCGAAGAGAGGGGAAAAAAGUCUGUAGAUUUGAGGAACUCUUUUGGUGAAUUGGUGAAGUUGAGCGGAAAACUCAAUUUGGCCGACUUUUAUCCAUUUCUGAGGUUCCUGGACCCUCAGGGCGUGAGCCGUGAUCUGGCUGUCCAUCAUAAGCGAUUACAUAAAUACUUCGAUGCAUUCAUACAAGAUCGGCUGGCGGCGAGGAGACAAGACGUGGGUCUCCCCAAGGAAAAGGACUUUCUCGACAUUCUGCUCGAUUCGACUGCACAUGAUUUCACUCUGCAGAAUAUCAGGGUUUUAAUCAUGGAACUUUUGUCUGGUGGUAGUGAUACUAUUACUACAACAGUAGAAUGGGCUAUGGUGGAAUUCAUUGUCAAUCCUCGUGUAAUGAAACAAGCACAAAAAGAACUAGAAGAGCUAAUUGGUCUCAAUCGAAAAGUGGAAGAAUCUGACAUAGAUCAUCUACCUUAUCUCCAUGCUGUAGUGAAAGAAGUUUUCCGAUUACAUCCACCAUUCCCUUUGGCACUGCCUCAUAGAGCAGAUAACUCAUGUGAAGUGGCAGGAUAUAUGAUACCCAAGCAUAGCAUGGUGAUUGUGAAUGUGUGGGCAAUUGGAAGAGAUCCUAAGAUUUGGAAGGAACCUUUAAAAUUUAUGUCCACCAUUCCCUUUGGCACUGCCUCAUAG